AAAGGAAUAUAUUAAUAUAAACAUUGAAUCGAUACUACAAUAAAAAAAAACAAUAAUAACAACAUUGCAAUGAUUCGUUACGUUAAAAGAAGCACACCAGGCAUAUUUGACAUGUGCAUCCAAAUAUGACGGAAGUGCAUUCGUAUGGAAUAUGGAAUUAAUUAAUAAUCAAAAUUGGAAACAGAAUUUCGAUUUCUGUACGAUUGAUUAUCCAAAUGAUAAUUGUACGAAACCAAGUUCUUACGAUUGUCCAUUUAAUUUGCAUAAUAAUUGUACGUGGAAUAUAAACAAAUGGACAUUUGUUAAUUCUUUAAAUAAACCAAUGGGACCGGUAUUGGAUAAUCGUUGGGAAGGUUUCUCGGAAUUUGAUAAUUUUAAAUCUAAUAGCAUCAACCAAAAUAAAUAUAAUCACAUUAAUAAAUUGGCAAAAACCAAUUCCAUCGUAUUUUCCGUUCGUGCUGCUGCCGAAGUUCAAGCGUUAUUAUGCGAUGGUGAAGAUUAUACAAAUUCUUUUUGUUAUUGGAUCAUUAUCGGCGGAUUGAACAACACUAUUUCGACGAUACGAAAAUGUCCAAAAGGUUUUUCAUUGGAAUAUCAAAUAGAAAAAACUAAUUGUUUUAUGAUAACAAAUAAUACAAUCGAUAAAUUAUUAUUGAAUCCAAACGAAUGGAAACACUUUGUUUUAAAAUGGGACAACGUAACACGAAGGAUAACGUUAUACAAUGAAAACAAAAUCAUAUUAAAUUAUGUUGAUGAAAAUCUAAUCACAAAUGAUCGCGAUAAUUAUUGUCUUUUUUAUUAUAGUUCAGAAUCGAUACUUAUUCGAAAUCACAUAUAUAAUUAUAUUUAUACGAAUAAAUUGAAUAACACUUUAACUAGUCCUGAAAUAUUAUACGAAAAUAACCCGUCUUUAUGUUUCGAAUUUUCUAUUGGUCUGUGCAAAAAUUGUAUAAUGAAAAUCAUUAUGACAGCGUUUAAUAGAAACAAAGAUUCCAAUGAAAAAAAUACAAUGACAGUUAAAGGAUCCAAGGAAAUUUAUGAAUUAACAACAUUCAACGAAACGCAGCCAUUUAUACAAUUAUCAGAACAACAACAGAAUUAA